UAGAAAGUCCCCACUCUACUCUCCCAUGCCAUCCCUUCGUUCUGUCUUAUGUGCCCUCUCUCUCUCUAUAAAUAAGCCUCAAUGUCCUAUCCUCAAACUCCCCUAGCAGCUAGAUAAUACUUUUGUUUUCCAAUUUUCUCUGCUCCUGUUCUCUUCUUUCAUAACAGAACCACAUGGAAAAUCCCUCGGGUUCCAUAUUCAGUUAUCACGAGAGUUGUGAUGAGUUGAGGCAGAAGCUCUUGGCCACCACACUGGAACUGGAGACCAUGGAGAACGUGAAGAGGGAACUGAUGAAUCUGCUGAAGAUGGCAUACCAGGAGAGAGACGAAGCAAGACAAGAGCUUCAAAAACUCGUUAAAAAACUAACACCCCCCGCUUUGUUCGAAGUCCCUUCCAUGAUGAUGAUUCAUGCACCAACCAAAGCAAACUCUAGCAUCACAGAAUCCAACAGCACCUCGCACGUUUCCUCCUCCGUAGAUUCCCUUCUCGAUUCAGUUUCUCCUCCCGAAUUCUCCAACAUGAACAACAUCAAUGUCGACUCCCACAACUUGGGUGGUUACCUCAAACAACCUUCGGUUCAAAACAACCUGUGUGUCUCUCAAAAGCGCACCUGUGAUGUUGGGGACGAGGUGAUUGAAUACAUUGCUAAAGGAAAAGUGUUGCCUCAAAAGGGUAAUCUCCUCAAAGCUGUGAUGGACGCGGGUCCUUUGCUUCAGACACUCCUUGUUGCGGGGCCACUUCCCACGUGGCGAAACCCCCCUCCUUUGCAGAACAUAAAGAUUCCACCUCUCAAUGUUCAAGACUUUGCUUCCAAUAAUAAUAAUGUGAAUACAUUGAAUUCACUUAAAAAACCAAUGCUUGCACCCUCUCAUUAUUCUACACAGCCUACUACGCUCAAUGUUUCUGUUGUCAACAAUUCAUUCCAGAUGACUUCAAAUGCUACUUGCAAGAAUCUCGCACCAUCGAGGAUUCCACAGAGCCAUCAGCAUCUUCUACGCAAUUAGUUCCCCCUCCCAAGUUUUUUUAUUCUGUAAAUGGAGUUAGAAUUUAUUGGUGUAAAUGGCAUACCCGGGCUUUGAUUCAAUCCUCAAGCUGACAUAUUUUGGUCCUAGUUGAAGAGUAAGUCCUUAUUUCCAAACGUGACAAUUUAUUUCAAAAUUUGAUUUUAUUUUUUCCUUGUGCUUUUUUGACAAACUUAAGAAUCCUGUUGUCUGGUUCUUUUGUUUUAUAUCUAACCAAACAUAUUACAUUCUCAUCUGUUUAUGGGUAAGUGGGAGUAAUGAAAUUGUUUACAGAAUUUUUUUCUAAUUUUAAGAUAUUAUUAUCGAUUUUAAGAUUAAAAUGGAGAAAGUGUCAGUAAAAAGGGUCCUGUGAAGAGGAAAAUCCGAGAAAGAGGAAGUCAUUCUUAAAUUUGUCCAAAAAUAAUAAUAAAAGUUAAUGAGAUGUUGUGCUGGACAUAAACAAAAAAGUGUUGAAGCAUCUUAAAUUCAUAUUCUUCCUUGUCUUUAUUAUGUUGCCUUAUGUGUUUCAUCUAAUAUCUUUGUUCAUGUUUUUUUUUUCCAACAGAAAAACAAAAUUUUUUCUGAAUGAUUUGUUUAUAUAAGUAGUCUUAUUUGAGAAUUUGCGGCGCAAGUAAUUAGUCCAUGCUUCUGCUCCAAAUACGAAUAUAUAUGUUCAUAGAUAUUAUUGUUAACAUCGGUAUCAUAAAAGAAAAGAGUUAUAACCGAAAUAGCAAAUUAAUACAAUGCGAAAUCCUUGACAUAAUCUCCAACAGUGCGUCUGUUUGGCGGUACAAUUUUCAUAUAUAAUAUCUUCCAAAUAAGUUUUAUUGAAACCCCUUAGAAACUCUAUGUAACCUCGCAUUUUAAUUACGUCUGAUUAAAAUGUCUUUAGGCUUGGCGGCUAGAGACGCUGGUAUAUUUUUUGCAGUAUGUAUGUUGUUCAUUAUGGAGAGUGAGUGGAAAAAUCUUGUGCGUUUUUUGUCUAGACUUAAGCGUUCAAACUCUGGUGGUAGAAAGGGCAAUUGGCUGAGGAAACAAUUCCUAAUGAGUAUUCUAUGGAUUUUCGAAGCGGUAACUUUGAGUCCUGUGUGAUAAUUUCUCUUCCAGUGUGUGAGUUUAAGAGAGACGAGGUUGAGGGGGAACAUAUGCCAGUUAAUGCGGACUGGGCCAUUUGUUUGGGGGAAUGGCUCAAACUUCUUCUUAAUUGCACCCACGGUUUCCACGUUUCAUGCAUUGACACGUGGCUUCGGUCUCAUUGGAAUUGCCCUCUUUGCAGAGCUUGUGUAGGUCAUGAUGACACAGUCUUCUGAUUAAUUUGUGUUGACAAUCACUUUUGAGGAGAGUUGUUCAUAACAUGGCCAAUCCUUUUGCAUUCUUCUAAAGUUAGACUUAUCAUGAUUCAAACUUCAAGUAUCAAGAAUUCUUUUUUUCUUUAAAAAAAAAAAAAAAAACUUAAGUGUCUGAAUUAAGCCUUCACAUAGUGUGUCGGAAUUAUAGGUUGGAAAAUUAAAUUUAAAUGAAACUCGUCUUGUAAACUUGUUAGAGGUGCCCAAUUUAGUUUUAUCUAAAAGGGGUUAGCAAUGUGAGUAAUAAAUUUGCAAUAGUUUGAAUUGGAAUAGUUAGAGGUGCCCAAUUUAGUUUUAUGGGUAAUAAUUCCUAUAACAUGGGUUUCUUGUUUACUUGUUCAUUUGAGGAGUAGGAGUACAAGAUAAAAGUAUUUGGUCUAAGCAGUGACUUGAGGAAUCUACCAUAAAUACGCAAACUAGGGAUUGUGACCAUACUUGGUAGAAUGGAGACGUAAAUUGAACAGCCAAAAUAAUCUCAUUUUUUUGGACCAUCAAUAAUUUCUUUAGAAUUGGGCAUUUUUCCAAAUUAUUCUGCUUAUUUGUAUUUGUAUCACCGUACCAUAUCAUCUAUACUAUCGUAAUUACUAAUGGUAAUGUGUAUGAGGAAGCAUCUCUCUGGCCUAAUACGAGGAUAUAAGUAGUGCCAGCAAGCGGAUAGUGUCACAUGCCUACAGACUACAGUAUACCACAACUUUGAAAAACACACUUGAUACUACACGUAUAUUAGGCUCUUGUGCCAAAUUGACCAAUUCAUACAAAUGAGAGAAGACCAACAUCAACAUUCUUUUAAACACAACAUACAAAUGGCCGAAAAUAUUGGCUUGGCAAACCUAACUACUUUUUUCGUUGUGUCAGUUUGUUGGGAGGCAACCUCGGCGGGAGAGGAGAUUAUAGAAGAUGUGCUGUGAGACAACAAAGGUCGAAGAAGGAAAGACACUGGAGAACCAGUUGAGGGUAUUUGACUAGAGAAAGAAAGUGUUGAGAGGGAAUUUCAGUGUGGAGGACUUCUUGUCCUAUCACCAUCUCAUUCAAUCUUAUAUGCCUUAUUUGUAUGUUAAAUGGUGCUUCAAAAUUAAAUUCAGUAUUACCUCCUGAAUCUUAUUUAUAAGAAACUAGAAUAAAAUACACUACAAAUAAAUAGGACCAGAGGUAUAUAAUUAGAGGUGACGGUGGUAUAUCCAGCAUUGAAAAAGUUGCUCAAAAACUUACAUUGGAUAAUAAUAACGGCCCAUUUACUCAUCAAAUUUGAAAUUGUAACAAUGUAAAUAUAAUUCCAAUUGAACUAAAAUACACCAAAUAACAAACCGCAAAAUUUAGAACUUAACCUUCAAAUGUCUCCCUUUCAAAAAAAAAAAAAAAAAA